AAGCUUAUUUAUAUAAUGCAUCGAAAAUUUAGCAUCACCAACACGAUAGAGACGUUCUAACUUCUAAGGUCUAAGCAAGACGUAUUGAAAGUUCUGCAACUUAGUAAGGCUUUUCAGUUUCCACCACGCCUGAAUGAAUCCAUGCAUGGAUGCUUCUGGUGCUACUGUUUUGUGUUUCAUCUUCUUUUCCACCAUAGCUUUUCUUAUCUUCAAGUCCCUUAUCACACGAAGCAAAAAUAGUAGAACCCCACCAAGUCCACCAAGACUUCCCAUCAUUGGCCACCUUCACCUUCUAGGCUCAGUCAUACCAAAAUCAUUCCAAGCUCUCGCUCUUCGCCAUGGCCCUCUCAUUCAGCUUCGCUUAGGUGCCUCAACAUGCGUGGUUGUCUCCAACGCGCAAGUUGCCAAAGAAGUGAUGAAAACUCACGAACUCAAUUUCUGUAACCGACCCCAGUUUGGAUCCUCCGAGUACUUCUUAUACAAAGGUUCUGGUUUCGUCACUGCCCCUUAUGGCCCUUAUUGGCGCUUCAUUAAAAAACUUUGCGUCACUCAACUGCUCUCAAGCUCACAGCUUGCACGCUUCGUGCACAUACGAGAGCAUGAGAUAGAGAAGCUAUUGAAAUCUCUUAUGGUGUGUUCCACCGAAGGAAGGGCAUCGGAUUUGAGCUUUGACCUCACUGCUUUGACCAACAGUAUCCUGUGUCGGAUGGCUAUGAGCACCACUUGCUUCGACCAAGUUAAUGAUGCUGAGGAGAUUCUUGGCUUGGUUCGAGAGUUUUUGCAUGUGGGUGCUAUGUUGAGCAUGGGUGAGGUGUUGGGACCUUUGGGAAAGUUUGACUUGUUUGGCUUUGGGAAGAAGCUUGUGAAAAUAGUUGACAAAUUCGACCGGGUUUUGGAGCGUGUCUUGGAGGAACAUGAAGACAAAAACUCAGAAGCACAUGGAGGACAUACAUGUGACAUGAUGGAUAUUCUAUUGCAGGUUUGUAAAGAUCCAAAUACUGAAGUCAGGUUAACCAGGAAUGAUAUCAAGGCCUUCUUCCUAGAUAUUUUCCUUGCAGGAACUGACACGUCUUCAGCGGCGUUACAAUGGACCAUGGCGGAGAUCUUGAACAAUCCAGGAGUGUUAAAGAAAGUGAGGGCGGAGAUUGAUGCAGUGGUGGGGACUAGCAGGUUGGUGAAUGAAUCAGACGUUCCAAAUCUGCGUUACCUCCAGUCUGUUGUGAAGGAAGCGCUGAGACUCCAUCCAACGGCACCGUUUGUUCUUAGACAAUCAUCAGAGGACUGCAGCAUCAACGGCUAUGAUGUAAAGGGCCAGACACGGACACUGAUCAAUGUCUACGCCAUCAUGCGGGAUCCUCAAGUGUGGGUCAACGCAGAGGAGUUUAAACCAGAGAGGUUCUUGGAAGAAACUGAUGGGAGUGGAGGUCAACGUGUGAUUGCAAUGGACGGUGGUGAUUUCAGGUAUCUUCCGUUUGGGUUUGGAAGAAGAGGGUGUCCUGGUUCUUCACUUGCCUUAACAGUCAUACAUGUGACAGUUGCAUCGCUCAUCCAAUGUUUUCAGUGGAAAAUCAAAGAUGGGGUAAGUAUGGAAGAAGGGUCUUCGUUUUCUGCAGGAUUGGCAAAGCCUCUUGUUUGUUACCCUGUUACUUGUUUUAAUCCUUUUUAGCCCAACUUAGUGCAUUUUCGCACAUUAUGAUAUAUCAUAUGUUGACACUGUAUUGUCUUCGUUAUGAAAGGGUACCACUGUUGUGUAAAGUAAAUUGUUUUACUUCAAAAAGUAAAAUCAUUAAUUGCCAUCUAAAU